UUCGCCGAGCCCCAAUCCAUCCUGUAGCCCCAUCGCUCUCCAAACCAUAUGGCCAAGCGGACGCUCACAGCUUCAGUCGCGCCUCGGACAGCGGAGCGAUAAGUCGUAGCCAUACUGGACUACUUUCACGGGGAUAAGUGACAGACCACAAGCGACUUGGUGUCAAGGGAUAUUCAACGGAAGGUCUUGUACAUAAAGGAGGUGACCCCUUUCUCCAACUCGCCCGAGAAACACCAGAAACCAAGUCAAUUAGGACAGAAGAUCGUUCCCUUUGAUCAACCGGACUUUGUUAUUUGAGGAAAUAUUGGAUUUUCAGGGACCGUCAAGCACGAUGACAGCCUCGGCCUGGGAAGAACGGACAGCCGUGGACUGACAAGACCAGAACCAAUCAGCAUUGAAAACAAGGCCCCGCAAUGCUGAAUCGUUCGAGCAUGCUGGUCACGGAAAUGGUGGCCAGCGCAGGUGAUUACAACGCCACCGCUGACUGGACAACCUGGCCGACAGUUGACCGCAACACCACUGACGCAGAUGCCAACACAACGGAUGAGCCAGAACGGUAUUUUCCUGCUGGGUACCCUAGCGGAUACACCUGGGCCCAUAUCAUCUUCGCCUCCAUCAUGGUGACGAUUGUUAUGCUGAUGAUCGUGAUUGGUAACUUCCUUGUGAUCUGGGCCAUCAUAACUGACAGAAACCUUAAGGCCACACAGAACCUGUUCAUUGCUUCUCUAGCUCUGGCGGACUUCCUCAUUGGUCUGAUUAUCAUCCCAUUCUCACUUUCGAAUGAGCUGAUGGGCUAUUGGUUCUUUGGCACAAUCUGGUGUGAGUUAUGGAAAGCUAUUGAUGUCCUGCUAUGCACAGCAUCCAUCUCAAGUCUUUGUUUAAUAAGUUUAGAUAGGUACUGGUCGAUCACUCGUGCUAUUCACUACUCCCGUCAACGGACACCCAAGAGAGCGACUAUCAUGAUUGCAAUCGUGUGGGUAGUGUCCGCUGCUGUUUGUAUCCCUCCGUUGAUUGGCUGGAAAGCUCCUCGUCAAAAAGAUACAACAUACCCCAUGUGCAACCUCAGUGAAGAUAUCGGGUAUGUCUUGUAUUCAUCGAUGGGUUCAUUCUACAUCCCGGCUAUAAUUAUGGUGUUUGUGUAUUAUAAAAUCUACCAAGCUGCGAAAAUGCGAGCACGUAAAACUGUCGCCAAAACGCCUAAAGCAGCCCUCGGUGCAAAAGGAGAGCACAAGAACUCAACGGAAUCGAGCGUCACAGAACAAGGUCAUGGCAACGAGGCCAAAGAUCACGAUGAGAACGAGGAUGACUUUGACGAGGCGGCACCGGAAAAACAAUGCCACGAAGCAUUUACAACGGAUGACGAGACAGCAACGCACGUGCAGACAUCUGACACCAACACGAUCUCCCAGCCUUUGCCGAGUGAUGAAAUGGCGAAGUUAAUAUCCACAGAUUCUGAUUCGACAUGUGAUAUUUCGUUACGGACCCUUAACAGGGGAGACAAUUCUAGCAGGCUUGGGACAAGUACUCUCCUGACAAGUGACACCGAGUCUUCGUCGGAACAACACCGAAGCCUGCUAAGUUCCAAUGGAAAAGAGAGGGAUGCGAACACUGACUCUGGCCCGGAGCCAGGGAACGGCCAAGUUCACCAGUUCACAAUAAUUGAGCCCAAACAAAACGGAACCCCUUCUGUCAUAGCCCCGAACAGACAAAAGAGGGAUCGGAACCGUUUUCUUGGUAAUAUUACACGCCAUCUUUUCAAUGCUAACCGUGAGAAAAAAACUCCCAAAAAGACAGACGAACUGAAGGAAAAACCGACAGAAUAUUUCUCCGCAGAGAAGCACAAGCGAAAACUUGCCAAAGCCCGCGAGAGGAGGGCAACCGUCGUACUUGGACUUGUGAUGGCGGCAUUCAUCUUAUGUUGGCUGCCAUUCUUUAUACUGUAUGUAGUGUCUGCCUUCUGUGUGAAUUGUAUUCCAAGAGUGGUGUUCACCGUGUUUUUCUGGAUUGGAUACUGUAACUCCGCCUUAAAUCCCAUUAUCUAUACCGUAUUCAAUAGAGACUUUAGGAAAGCUUUCGGAAAAAUUAUCUUUGGGAGGCGUUGGGCACGAAGAGGAUAGAUCUAAUCCAGUGAACUUUGUUAAUUCUGCCGUAUAUUUUGUACAAAAAAAGUCAGUCGGUUUAUAUAAUGUUUCCAUCAUCAUGUAUUAUAUCGUGCCGUUGUUUUAGUUUUAGAAAACAAAAUAUACGGCAGCUAAUACACUGUUCAGCGACCUCUCGUUGACCGCCAUGUCGGACAAAACAGACAAUCCUUUCCAUUUGAUCUCUCCAUGCUCUGUACCCUGCUCUUGGACAAUAGAAGAGGGUGCUUGAAAUAAAACCUGGUAACCAUAAUAUCAAAACCAGUUUGCGAAAGAUAAUUUGAUUUCGAUAUUGCAUUUAAAAAAAAUAAAUUCUUAAACAAGAGUUACAAGCAGAAUAUUUGUUAUGCUGAUUUAGGAAUAGGUUGGAAUUCAACGAUAUAUUUGAGAUUGUAAAACGGUUAGAAUACUCUCGACAUUCAAUUAGUGCUUUAUUUUCUUCGUAUAAGCAAUACUUCAUCCGCGUAGGGAUAUUCCAAGUACCCUUUGAAGAAGAUUGAAGCCCACAAGACACCCCGUAAAGACCCCUGCGAGGGUACCUUGUGGUAGGAUUGUGUAGCAAUUACUGGAAUACAGAGAUUUUAAAUGGAAAGAAGGAUAUGUUGUCUGUGCAACAAUGGAGACAUGCUUGUGCUACUCGCACUGUGUUGGCGAUACUGGGAUACGUAUUAAGUAUAGCCCAUCAGUGUCAUUACUUUUCAUUUCGGAAAAAAAGUUUCCAAUUAUCUGUUACAUUAAAACUGUUAUUUGGACUUCUUGUUAACCUUGAUAUUAUGACGCUAACGAUGUUAUGAUAUACAAAUUAAUAUAUAUUUUAAAUCACAUUUCUUUAACUUGGUAACUAUAAUAUUUGAUAUUAUAACUUUGGCGUUAUAUUUGAUAUCAUGAUCAAAAUUAACAUCAUGCGCCCAAAGAACAAUUUACUUGAAUGAUGUGAUGAUAAAUGUGCUUCUCAUGGCUCGACUCAUUGACUAACUCCACAUGACUGCACUGUUGUAUUUUAUUUUGGCAUCAUUCACAACGAAUCACAAAUGAUUGUUUUGUACAUAGUAAACGCCUUUCACCCCUUGUAUUGUGUUUACUUAUAGAUUCAUAAACACUGGUAGGUUGAAAAGUCGCCGAACACCCAGCCCCCCCUGCUGAAACCAUGCUUAUUGCAGCUUGUGACGACUGUAUUUAAUCAGGCGCUACUGCUAUGUACUAAUGAUUGGCUAUUCGGCUUAUGUAUAUCAUGUAAAUCAGUGGCAAGUUGGCAUGAUCAACUUCUGUAUUUGAACGACGUUUCGAUGUUGAUUUCAACAUCGAUACAAUUGUGAUAAAUAUGUUCAUCAUCCAUACUAUGUUGUCAUACAUGUUGUGUACAAGGGUCAUGAGUGGCCCAGGGUUCAAAGA